AGAGGGCAGAGGCAACGGCCCUCUUCUGGAGGGGGGGCUUAUUAUAACAAAUAUAUACACACAUGUGUGAACUGUUUGGCCGCACGAUAGGUCAUAUGUGGAUAACAGUUAUUUUAGAAAAGCAUUCAAACGCGGCUUUACAUUUAAAAUGCCUAUUUUACUUUUCCUGUUAGACACGUCCGCCUCUAUGAAUCAGCGCACUUAUUUGGGUACGACGUAUCUGGACGUUGCUAAAGGCGCGGUUGAGGUCUUUAUGAAGCUGCGUGCCCGAGACCCGGCUAGUAGAGGCGACAGGUACAUGCUAGUUACAUUCGAUGAUCCACCAUACGGAGUGAAGGCCGGCUGGAAGGAGAACCAUGCCACCUUCAUGUGUGAGCUGAAAAACCUGCAGGCAUCUGGGCUGACUACACUAGGUCAUGCUCUUCGCACAGCCUUUGACCUGCUUAACCUCAACCGCCUCGUCUCAGGCAUCGACAACUAUGGACAGGGACGUAACCCCUUCUUCCUCGAGCCAUCUGUGAUCAUCACUAUCACUGAUGGGAACAAGCUCACACACAGCUCUGGGGUGCCAGAUGAGCUGCACCUUCCCCUGAACUCUCCUUUGGCGGGCAGUGAACUGACCAAAGAGCCCUUUCGUUGGGACCAGCGUCUCUUCGCACUGGUGCUGAGGCUGCCAGGAGCAGCCACACCCGACAACGAGCAGCUCGGUAGCGUCCCCACAGAUGAGUCUGCUAUCACCCAGAUGUGUGAAGUUACUGGAGGGCGAUCAUACUGUGUACGGACACAAAGGAUGUUGAACCAGUGUCUGGAAUCUCUGGUGCAAAAGGUUCAAAGCGGCGUUGUCAUUAAUUUUGAGAAGACAGGGCCAGAUCCGCCUCUCAUUGGGGAAGAUAACUCAGUGGAGUCAAGUCGUCCCGUGUCAUCCUUCAGCCCACAGCCGUGGCACAGUUGCCACAAACUCAUCUAUGUGCGGCCGAACCCAAAGACCGGAGUGCCAGUUGGGCAUUGGCCCAUACCAGAGUCCUUCUGGCCGGACCAGAAUUCUCCUACACUGCCACCCCGCUCUGCUCAUCCCAUGGUGCGUUUCUCUUGUGUGGACUGUGAGCCCAUGGUGAUCGACAAACUUCCCUUUGACAAGUAUGAACUGGAGCCCUCUCCACUCACCCAGUACAUUCUGGAAAGGAAGUCUCCACACAUGUGCUGGCAGGUGUUCGUCAGCAGCAGUGGGAAGCAAAAUGACCUGGGACAGCCAUUUGGCUACCUUAAAGCCAGCACCACUCUCACCUGUGUCAACCUUUUUGUCAUGCCUUACAACUACCCAGUCCUUCUCCCACUCCUCGAUGAUUUGUUUAAAGUGCACAAACUAAAACCAAACCUCAAGUGGCGACAGGCCUUUGAGAUGUACCUGAAGACAAUGCCUCCGUACUACCUCUUGCCCUUAAAAAAGGCCUUGAGGAUGAUGGGUGCACCUAAUCUUAUCGCAGACACCAUAGACUGCGGUCUGAGUUACAGCGUCAUCUCAUAUCUAAAGAAGCUCAGCCAGCAGGCAAAGAUUGAAUCAGACCGUUUAAUCGUGUCUGUGGGGAAGAAGGCUCCCCAAGAAACUGGCAUAAAGGUGAAGAACCACUCCAGCUCUCUCUCUCUGGCCCACCGGAGAGACUUUAAGCAGCUGCUGCAGGGAAUCACUGGGGAGGGGCCGCUUCGACUGGUGGACAUCAACUUCAAAGAGUUCGCCGGCUUCCAGAUCGCCCUGCUCAACAAGGAUGUAAAACCUCAAGCUUAUCGAAAUGCGUACGACAUCCCAAGAAGGAACCUUCUGGAUCAGCUCACCCGCAUGCGCUCCAAUUUGCUGCGGACAUCGCAGAAACUGAUCCGAGGGCAAGACGAAGACUAUCUCCACAGUAUUCCAGUGGCUCAGAUGGGAAACUAUCAGGAGUACCUAAAAAUGAUGCCAUCUCCUCUCAGAGAGAUUGACCCCGACCAACCGAAACGUCUGCACACAUUUGGGAAUCCUUUCAAGCAGGAUAAGAAGGGCAUGAUGAUCGAUGAGGCAGAUGAGUUUGUAGCAGGGCCUCAAAAUAAGAAAAGAGGAAAUUCCAGUGAUUCCAACUCGGGGGCUACUCUGAAGAGAAGGCGAAGUAUGUCCCCGUUGCUGCGGCGGCCACAGUCUCCACCAGGGAACACCAACCAUGUGGUGGUGGGAAAGAGUCCGGUAGGGGUUCAGGGGCAGCAGAACCUCAUCAAACCCAUCCCACAGCACAAAGGAGUGGACGGCAACAACGUGGUGGUCCCUGAGAGUAACGGUGACGGGGUUCUUGGGCCUGAGUCAGGGGAGCUCUGGCCCGCUGAUAUGGAGCCCGUAGCAGAAAACCCAUCUGCACUACCCGUGGAGGAGAAGGCCGGGGUCGGGGCAGUGGAUCGGGGAGAGGAUGUCAACAUGAUGGAGGAGAGACUAACGGAGGAUUGUCUGGAUGAGCAGCCGCUGGAGGAGAAACACAACUGUGAACGUCUGAGUCCUCAGAGCCAGCUAGAAGGCCCUGAAGCUGACCCUGCAGCGCUCGAGACCAUUUUCAUAGCCCCACUGGAUGGAAGCCAAGCAGAGCUGCGGACGCGGGUCAUAAAGGAGGUCCGCAAGCCUGGACGAAACUAUGAGGCAAUACUGUCACUAUUGCAGCAGGUGAAAGGACCACUUAAUGUGCAGAGGUACUUCAUCCAGCACGCUAUCAAAGAGGCUGUCAGGUUCAAGAAGCGGGUACUGAUCCAGCAGCUGGAGUUGGCCCUUGCUGAAUUGGAGAAGAAGCACGCAGCAUCCUCACAGCUUCCCAACGAUCAUGGCAGAUAGUGAUGAAGCCAUCUUUAUCAUACAUAUCUAUAUACAUCACCACCAUGAAAGAGAUGUCCUUGUUGACUUGCCUCAAGAAAAACAAAUUGGGGAAGCAGAGGAAGAAAAGGACAAAUGCACUGAGAGCAGAUGCUCCUACUGUCCCUGUGCUGUUGCAUCACAUCCUGGUAGAGGCGGAGAGUGAAGGGUUUAACUGGAGGAGGGGCCUUCAGCACAGAUCCACUGAGGAUGAGUUCAGAGACUUUAAAUGUAAUCCUCUUCAUAUUGACAGAUGCCUUAAACAUCCAUACGGCUUUUGUCUGUAUCGGCACAUUCAGAAGACACACACACAAACAAACGCACACACACACACACACACACACACACACACACACACACACACACACACUCCGUUAGACAGACACACAAUAAGCCAACAGAUCCUUUAAUGACAGAGCAAGGGAUGGGCAGGAUUAUUCCUGUUAUUGUUAUUCUUUAAAAACAGACCUUUCUUCAGCUGGUCUGAAAAGUGUUUGUAAGACUGCAACAAGUUUUUCUAGAGUAAUAAGAUUAAUGUACCUGUACGGCUGACAGGGGAAACCUGUUCCCACUGAGUCCCCUCAUGUCUUUAGUGUUAUAUCUGCAUAAAGACUGCACUGAUUCUUUUUCUGUCCAAGUUGAUACUGUUAUCUAAUAUUUUCCCACUCCUAUUGGUUGAUGUUGAUAUGCAUUAGUGUUAGGGGGUGGGCAAUAUGGAUAAAAUCUGUGAGUGUUUAUGUAACUUUAUGUUGCAUCAGCAAUAUAUACAGUGAUACUAUACUAUAUACAGUGUCACUUUUCUGGAAGAGAAACCACUGAAAGAUAAAAUACCCAGAUGGAAACGUGUAUAUGUGGCUAACACCAUCAAUGAAAUAGCUGACGAAUCUUGGCACAGCUCCAACAUAUCCAAAUUUCAUUUGUCACAUUUCUCUCAGCUCAUUGGACGAUUGCCAUAUUGCCCACCCCUAAUCUGCAGUUUUAGUCAAAAAAGGUAAAAACUUCACACACGUCUGUCUUAAGGUCAUUACGUUGCUUUUAAAUGUCCAAACUGGGUCCAUUUUUUUAUGUUUUGUCAUACAACAGUGCUUUUUAAAGCUGAAAUUGAAGAACAUAGAAUAUAGAAGUAUUAGUGUUUUGCACAUCGGUGCGUUGGACUGGAAAUGGACUGGUUGUGUCCAUGAAAGACUGAACACAAGACAGGUGUGUUGACUGAUUCAGUGACUGAGCAUCAGAGUCCUCUUACCUGCCAUCACAGCAAUAGAACAUGGGUUCAGUGAAUGCAGCUGUUGGUAUCCAUUUAGAGGUACCCCCCCCAAACACACACACAAAUCUUCCUCCACAGCACAACAAACACUCCAUUGAUUCCUAGAACUUUAUUCAGAGGAAUUUCUGCAUCUGUCCGGGCUCAGUGGUCAGUCACCUGUUGUUGAUCUGUAACAACUGGUCAUCUGCCCUCUGCUGCUUUUUACAGAAACCCGAGUUAACGUUUGUUCUCCUUGUUUUUACGACAGAUGUACACUACUUUUUAAUGUUCAUAAGGAAUAUAGAUUAUUUUUGUGAAUUUGUUUAUUUCAGAGUAUAAGAAAUAUUUUGAAAGAAUAUGUUUAAAGCCAAUUUUGUAAACUGUUAAAUACAUAUACAAAGUGUAAA